UCCUUGUUUUUCAUCUCACUAAACAAGAGAAGAGGAAUUUUAAUUUAAUUUUUCUAAACACAAAUUUCUUUCUUCUGUAAAUCGGAAAUUAUUUAUUUAUUUUUAUCAAAUCAAUCAAUGAAUUAGGGUUUGGAGUAUCAUCAUGGCAAUUUCUCUUGCGAAGCUUACUAUCCUCCUCGGAGCAGGUGUAGUUGGGUCUGUCUUAACUCAGGAAGGACACACACGUGAUUUCUUAUCUGGAGCUUUCAAGAUUUUUGUGAAGCAAAUUAAGAGAACGGAUGAUACUUCUUCGUCAUCUAGAUCAAAACCACAAAAUGAAGCGCUGCUAGCUCAGGUCAACAAUCUGCGUCAAGAGCUGCAACUGUUGGCAUAUGAUAAUAGCCCAACAAUUAUAAUGACAGAGGGUAGAUCAGGUGGUUUAAGCACCUACGGGCCCCCACUUGUUAUUGUCAUUGUUUUAGGAUAUGGUAUCAUAUGGUGGAAGGGAUGGAAGUUUUCUUCAUUGAUGUACGCCACAACACGCGAUUUAAAUGAUUCUCGCACAUCUGUAGCCAAACCACUUGAUCAUCUUUUUACAGCUGUCAAGGUUACAGAAAAUAAAUUAUCCGCAAAAAUCAAUGAUGCUGAUGCAAAAUUAGAUGACUCUAUGACAAACCUAUCUGCAACAAAAAAAGAGUUCGGGACCAUUACUGGAGAUACAAAUAAUUUUUCCAAGAAGCUCCAAGUAGUUCGUGAUGCAGCCUUAAAUCUGGGAUCCAAAGUUGAAAGUUUUGAAGUGAAGCAGGAGAUGGAUUAUGGAGGGAUUCACUACUUAUGUAAUUACGUCGUCGAUAAUGAGGCAAAGGUUCAACCAUUUAUUCAGGGAUCCCAGUCUACUUCCAGGCCAGCUCUAGAACUUCCUCAAACUACACCUACCCCAACAGCAUCCCCGUCUACUUCCAAGCCAGCUCUAGAACUUCCUCAAACUACACAUACCCGAAGACUGUUGCAUGCUACCUCUAUGCCGGCUACCUCUAUGCCGGUGGGACUUUUAUCUAUUGAAACACCCUCUCCAUCUACUCAGGGAUCACCAUCCAUUUCCCCGCGGAUUGUUGAACUUCCUCAAGUUACAUAUACCCCCAGAAUUCUCUCCUUGCCACCGCAACCACCAACUCCACCUUCAUCUAAUGCUAGUGCAUCUACGAAGCGGACUUUCUCCUUGCCACCAGAACCACCAACUCCAUCUUCAUCUAAUGCUAGUGCAUCUACGAUCAGUGGCCUGUUCGGAUGGCGGCCUUUCAGCACUAGGACGUCAAGCUAAUUAUAGGGUCUUGUAUAUGAGGCACUCCACUUUCUUUCAGUGGAUGCAUAUUGAGAUUAUUUUUCGUUUCUUUUGUCUUAGAUGUUCUUAGCAGAGAUAGCGCUCGACUAUGGAAGGUUGCCCAGAGCACUAAAUUUUUGUAGAUUCGAAUCAAAAAUGCUGAAGGAAAAACUGUGUUAUAAAGAAUCACACAUUCUGAAUGUGUGAUUAUUAUCUUCACAGCAGAGAUUGUACUCUCAGUAGACAAACUGUGAAGUAAACACUUACAUAUUGAGAAACUGUUUCUCUAAUUAAAAACAUUAAUAUCAAGUAAGAGCAGCAAUGAACAGGCA